AUCUCCGUCACACCCUCCAGCUUAAGAUCCAAAUUAUCUACGGCCCAAGAUCAAUCAAUUGCCUGGCAAUAGCCGAUCCCGAGUCCGACAGAGUAGAAAAGAAUAGCCGUGGACAGCGAGUUUGUAACCCCCUCCGAGCAGCCGGUGAAAGAGAGGUGCCCCACCACAGACAUCAUUGCCCCCCCACCUUCCCUUUCUCACCCUCUCUCUGCUCUUGGUCGCGGUUGCCCUCCAUCCCACUCCGCUCGUCUGGCUCGCUUUUCCCCCCUCCUCCCCCCCUUCCCUGUCAUCCUUUCUCCUUCUCUCUUCUUCCUUCUUUCUCUUCUUCUUCUCCUCUCUCAGUCAUCUUUCUCCCUUUCUUCAUCUCGUGGUGGUCUUCCCAUUUUGUGUUGAUUGUUUGUUGGAUCAUCCCGCUAGAAUAAAAAACAAGAACUUGGUUGGAUUUAAAUAGUAUGGCCCCUCCCCUCAUUUCUUCCCCAACAACUUUCAACAACUUUCCCCCGUUCAACCUUCCUCUCUAACCUUCCCUCCUUCUCUUCUAGACACAGCAAUCAUGGGUUACAACGACGUUGACCAAUUGGCCAUCAA